AUGAGUCCACUAAAGGGGGGGGCCCAGAACCACACCGCCCAAACCAAGGCCCCCAAAGGCAGGAGUGAGCGGCAACGGGGACGGGGAGCAAAGGAGCCAUUGCAAUUGAACCCAAAGCACGGUCAGGGACCACCGAGCCAAAGGAGGGCGGGGUCCGGCCCCCAUACCAGAGGCGGGACCCAAUCCCCGGGGCCAGGAAGCACACGAGGCUCACCCAAUACCCAAGACUCCCGCUUUGCAGCCAGCAGGACCCCCCCAAACUCCCCCCAGCCCCCAAUCCACCCCGACCCUGGACCCCACCCCAAACACCAUAGCCCAAGAUCAGGAGACCACCCAAGCAAGAGCGGAGCAACACCCCACAGAGACCACGGCCCCCAAUCCCCCAGCAGCCAUCCACCCCCAGAGCCUCCGUUGGAUCUGGGGCUCCAUGAGCCCCAGACCCAACGGAGGAUCCAGGAAACCACGAGAUGGGGGGAGGCGGGCAGUCCCGGAGGAGCACUGGAAGCCCAGGGGAAGAACAAACCAACAGGGGGGCCAGGCAGCCGGAGAUAG